GCGCGCGCCCGGGCUGCGGAGCGGCGGCAUGGAGGAGCCCCCGGCGUGGGAGAACGACGGCCUGCUUCCUCUGGAAAGGCAGCUCCAUGAAGCUGCCCGUCGGAACAACAUCGGAAGGAUGAAGGAACUGAUCCAGAGGAAAGUCAACAUCAGGGCCAGAAACCACGUGGGCAGGGUAGCCCUGCACUGGGCUGCGGGUGCAGGGCAUGAGCAAGCUGUGCGGCUGCUCCUGGAGCAUGAGGUUGCUGUGGACGAUGAGGAUGCGGUAGGGGACCCCUCAUUCGGGUUAAUAUUUCCAAAUGAUCCUGAGAUCAUAUUCUCUGCCUCUCUGCCUCUCCCCUCACCCCUCUUCCCUCAGUCUUCAAGGGCCAGUGACACUGCAAUGAUCCCAGUUUUCCCCUGUACAGCCAUAAGGACCUCUCCAUUUUCAAGAGCUUUUUAUGCAGUGGAUGUCUUUGUAAGGUGGCAAGGCAUCUGCUGGCUUAAGCCAUCUGCCUGGAGGACGUCCUGUAGGAGAUUCAAACAGUUGGUUCUCAAACACCAGUCCAGGUUUGGGAUGAACUCGCUUCUCCUGUCUGCCUGGUUCGGCCACUUACAGAUCCUGCAGAUCUUGGUCAACUCUGGGGCCAAGAUCCACUGCAAGAACAAGGACGGCCUGACAUUACUACACUGUGCAGCCCAAAAAGGCCACGUGCCAGUGCUCGCAUUCAUAAUGGAAGACCUGGAGGAUGUGCCCCUGGACCAAGCUGACAAGCUGGGAAGGACAGCGUUUCACAGGGCUGCUGAGCAUGGGCAGCUGGACGCUCUGGACUUCCUUGUGGGCUCUGGCUGCGAGCACAGUGUGAAAGAUAAGGAGGGGAACACAGCCCUUCACCUGGCUGCUAGCCGCGGCCACCUGACUGUGUUGCAGCGACUCGUGGACAUCAGGCUGGACCUGGAGGAGCAGAAUGUGGAAGGUCUGACUGCCCUACACGCAGCGGUUGAAGGCAGCCACCCUGACUGUGUGCAGCUGCUCCUUGAGGCUGGGAGCAGCGUGAACGCCCUCACCCAGAAAAAGCAAAGCUGCCUCCACUACGCAGCCCUUGGUGGCUCUGAGGAUGUGGCCCGGGCCCUCAUCCAUGCAGGAGGCCACACCAACAUAGCUGAUCAUCAGGGAGCCUCUCCUAUGCACCUCGCUGUGAGGCACAACUUCCCUGCCUUGGUCCAGCUCCUCAUUGACGCAGGCAGUGACCUGGAUGCCACUGACAAUAGGCAGCAGACGCCCCUCCACCUUGCUGCUGAACACGCCUGGCAGGACAUAGCAGAGAUGCUCCUCGUCACUGGGGUUAACUUAAACCUGAGAGAUAAGCAAGGGAAAACUGCCCUGGCAGUGGCCGCCCGCAGCAACCACAUCAGCCUGGUGGACAUGAUUAUAAAAGCUGAUCGCCUCUACAAAUGGGAGAAGGACCACCCUCAGGAUCCCUCUGGGAAGAACUUGACCUUUAAGCAGGACCAUCGGCAGGAAACGCAGCAAUUCCACUCUGUGCUGUGGCGACUGGCUUCCAGGCAUCUGCGGCCUCAAGAGUGGAAGAAGCUUGCGUAUUGCUGGGAGUUCACCGAGGCCCACGUCCAUGCCAUCGAGCAGCAGUGGACAGGCAUCAAGAGCUACCGGGAGCAUGGCCACCGGAUGCUGCUUAUCUGGCUGCAUGGUGUGGCCAUAGCCGGUGAGAAUCCCAACAAAGCACUGUUCGAGGGCCUCGUGGCCAUUGGCAGGAGGGACCUGGCUGAAAGCAUCAGGAAGAAAGCAAAUGCUGACCCGGGUACCCCCAGGAGGUGUACAGCCAUGUAACUGGAGAGGCCAGACCUUCAGGGGCAUGGAGACUCAGAAUGGGGGCCCCUGAACAGAAGAGGACCACCAUUUAAGGGCUUUUAAAAAAUCACUGUUAACAGACCUCCAGCUGCUUGUACUGAAACACCCAGCCCUGCAGGACCAGCAGGCACUGUUUGUAAUCUCUUUCACAGGGGUUAGUCCAGGGGCCAGUUCAGGUUUUGCAGGUAAUCCCUUCCCACAGGUGCAGUCCUUUGCAGCUCUUGGAGCAUCACAGCAGUCCCCUGAGAUGCAAGGGCCAUCUUUUCAGAAAGGACACUGAGGCUCAGAAUGGAUAAGCAGCUAAUCGGCUGUUGAGGUCAGGUGCCAAACCCAGCAUUCCUGUCUCCCCAACCUGGCAAAAGGACUCCAACUGUCACUUACAAAACGGACCUCCUUUAACUCAUUCACUGGCUUUUAAUGAAUGCUGUGCUUACAAAAAGUGUUUCUGUUCACAAGCUUAUUUAUAUGCUUUGACAGUUCUAAGAGGUACACACAUUCUUUUUUUCCCAUUUUGUUUAGAAAUUUAAUUUUAAAAAUUUAGUUUUAUUAUUUUUUUGAGAGAGAGAGAGAGAGAGAGAGAGAGAGUGCGCAUGCAU